GCGUGCAUGAAUUAUUUAAGUUAUGAAGUUUUAAAUGUUCACUUAACCUAUAUUUUUCGGAUUCCUCAAGAAAUAGUGAUUGUUAGGUUAGGUUAGGUGUUUGUGUGUGAAUUUGUUAGAUUGCAGUUUUGGUAGUGGUAGUGGUAAAUCUAACAAAUUCACACACAAACACAACUCAACCUAACCUAUUAACAAUCACGAGAGGGAGAAGAACCGAUUCAAGGGAGAAGAAUGGAUGAAGAAAUGAGAUUAAAGAUAGAAUAAAAUAAAGUGUAAAAUAUUUGUAAAUUAUUUUCAGCAAUUUUUUUGUUAACUGCUAACUUAAUAAGUGAACGUAUAGAUCUUAUAGCCGAGCAAUGUGAUGAACAACAGCUGAUCAUCUUUAGCAGAAGCUACUUGAUGUUUGGAAGAAUGUCAGAGAUGACUGACUGAGAUGAGACACUGACUGAAAUUCAGUCACGCAAAAACCACCCACUCGGCUCAGGGAGUGUAAAAUGUCUGGUGCUCCAACCCGAUCCCCACCUGCAGAUCUGCUGACUUCCUCACACACAGUUCCUGAAUUCCUCACGACUGAUGAUGAUGACUCAAACCUUUGCCUUGAUGAUUUGCAACAGUAUGUUAACAAAACCAUCACCAAAAUUAAACCAAUGCUACAAACAGGUCCUAAUUGUGGACUGGCAGCUCUUGCCAUGGUUGCAACACUAAUACCAAUUAAACAACCUAUUUCAAUAAACAAUAUUUUUCAUGAAGCUGAACUAAGAGGCUUUACUUGUAAGGGGGAAAUGUUUUCUGUAUCAAAUAUGAAAAUAUUAGCCGAGACAUUUUUGGCUCCUUGGUUUUGUGUUGAAGAAUUUUCAGAUGGGAUGGAAGCUAAAAAAUUGUCCAUCAUUGAAAAGCUGUAUGCAGGAGCAUUGAUGAUGGUUCCUUAUGAUGCUGACAAAAACCAUUCGCCGUGUUGUAUGAACGGUCACAAGGCACACUGGGCUGUGGUGUGUGGUGUGAUGGAAAGGUCGGAUGGCCAAGUGCAUGUGGCUGCUAGACACGGCAAGAGUCGCUACCUCGGAGUUUGGUCACUGGACAGUCUAGCCAAAAGUAACGCCAACCUAACUGAAUUAGAUCCAAGUAGGCGCAAAGAUAAUUGCCAGUAUAUCCUACCAUCAGGUGGUGUGAGAGCUGGUCUUUCCAACAGAUACAUUUUGAUAACAAAAAAAUGAUUUUACAACUCAGAACACUACGAAAUAUUUGCUUUAGAACUAAGGGUUUCUUAAAAAAAAAUCUUUCUACUAAACUCCAUUUUACAGUUUUGUCAUUGACUUUUGUGCCAACUCGUCAGUCAUAAAAUUAAAUCAAACCUACAGCUACAGUGGGAUACGUUGAAUUUGACCAAAAUCAUAACUGCUACAGCUUCUAGCUUAAUUUAAAAUUCAUAAAAUAAAACUAUUUUGCAAAUAAAUGCCAUACUGUUAAGAAAUUGUCUUGGUAGUUGUUACAUUAAUAAACAAUGAUAAGAAAACUAGGAUGCAAGUCCCACAUACAGGCUUUUUGCCACAUGGAGCCUGGUUUCCAGUGUAGCAAUCUUUAAUUGACACUAAUACUCUUAUUGUAAAGUAUUUUUUAUAGUUUGGUAUAUCACUCUGUUAUUGCUUAGUAAUGUCAUUGAAAAGACUGUUAUGUAUGUAAUGGUUUGUAUAUGUUAUUCUACUAAUCAAUAAAUAGUUUUAAAUA